CGAGUUUUGACUCCAAACAAGACCAUCGGUAUCAGUACGUACGGACAAUUAAAGUACGUAUCUUUCGUAACCUAUUAUUAUUACCUAUAACAGUCAAAUUGAGAGAACCACCGGUCGGAGACUUACUAUAGCAACCAAGACACAUUAAACAUCAGCCGUGGAAGCUCUUCUAAGCAGGGCCAGCCCAGAGAUUUGGGAGCUGUAGACCAAUGUUUCACUUAGCUAUGCUCAGGACCUCCCCUGACAGUCGCGAUUCUAGCAUGGAGAAAGUGAGAGAUAUGUUCAUCUUAUUUCUAUGUUUUGUAACAUUAUGUUGUGGUAUUGUGACAGGAGGAUGAGAUCACUGGAAACUUAAAGUGGAAAGUUUAUAAGCUCUUUGAAGCGUCUCUGAAGUCGACGUUUCCCAUAUUAGAACUCGAGCUUCGGAAGUGGUCCUUUUAGUUGAGUUGUUUGAUCGAUGAGGCCAAGGCCCGCAGUAAAGGUAUCUUUAUUGAACGUGGUAACAUUGAUUUCUGUUUACCGCAUCAUUUACAUUUUGGGGACUCUUGAGCUGUUCACUCAACCUUGAGUUUAACUCCGUGCAGGUACAAAAGAAAGGACUCCUGAAGAGCUGGACCAAACAGCCGAGGCAUUUGAAUAUGGUGCUGUAAAGUAAGUGUCUGAUUAUGAGGAAAUGAUUCCUCCUUCUCGGAAUCACUACUGUUUACAAGCUUUGAUACAUACAACUAAACGACCUAAAGGCCAAAAAGGGUGUGCAAACAAGUCUGUUUAACUUUUUUUUUAUACAAUUAAGACAUUUGAAUCUUUCUUACAGCAAGAGACGAGACUGAGUUUUGGUCAGAAGAACACCCUAAAAUACUAUAGUCGUGAUUCUCUUACAAGUCUUCUUCAAAGUUGCCCAGUUCUUGAAUAUUUUGUCGUGCACGAACCUCAAAGUUAUUUGAUUCCAAUGUUCGAGUUAAUCCCACCUCAUGAAGAUAUUGGAAAGCUUUUAAAAAGGUGUGCAGCUCUUGAAGAUUUGGUCAUAACUCGUACCAGAGAUGACAAUGUGCCUACUUUGAAGAGUUUAACUAUCAAUAAAACUCAAGCGAGAAACGCCCCAACGACGACAAGGAGAUUCAUGGGUUUUGGAUAAAUGCUCCUGCUUUGGAGACUUUGAACAUUAAUGAUACAGUCAGUAACUUUCUUAUGCUUAAGUUUAUGCCCGAGGUGACCAAAGCGAAUAUCCAGGUUACUUGUGUCCAAACUGAGAAGUUCAUUGGAUCUCUUACCUCAAUCCAACAUCUUUCUCUAUGUUCUCGAUCUUCUUAGGUAAGAACCUAAUUUAUUACCCCUAUAAUGUCAAAAAUGUUUCUUCUAUGUUUGGUUAUUGUCAGUAUAUAUACGUACUUCAUUUUGCAGACUCCAUAUCGCCGUGGCUCUGUAUUUCCCUAUCUUGAACAUCUAGAGCCAUGUACAUGUUCUGCGGGAUGGGCCAAUCUUCUUGCUUCUAUACUCAAUGACGCUCCAAGGCUCCAAUCUUUAAGUCGGUAUGUAGUAUUGACUUUUUUUUACUAGCCACGACCAAACGUGAAAUUUUGGAGGCUACACGCAGUUCACGGAUUUUAAUAUAAAAUAUUAAAAAUUAUACAAAUUUGGGGAUCUAUGUUUAUGUUAUUUAUUUCUUAAAUUUAGAGGAUAUAAACCAAUGUUUUACAGAAAAAUAAUAUGCCAUCAAACCAUUUUAUGUUUCCACCUUUAUUUUUGAACGAUCUACACUUGAGAGCUACCGUCCCCAGAUGAAGACCAAAAUAAAUAUGAUUUUUAUAUGAUAUCUAAUUUUUAUAAAUCAAAAUAUCAAAAAACUAAACCGAAAUCAGAUUAAAAUUGAAUAAACCAGAAACCGGAACCAAACCAAAACGGAUGUGAUUUUAAUAUGAAAUCUAAUUUUUAUAAACCAAAAUAUUGAAAAAAUGAGACUUAUUUCGAACAUAUGGUUCUUAUGCAUGUCUCACUUCAUGGAAAGUGUGGAUCUCGUCCUAGUAUAUAUAUAACGAAAUCAGAAAUCAGUUACCAUAAAUAACAAAAUUCAUUAAUAAAAGAAAAAUAUAUGGAACCCACAUAAUGCUGAAUAGACACUUUUAGAAAAGAGGAAAGUCUUUCAUUAUAUACAUAUAACUUUUCUAUGUUAUUCAUAGAGCUGGA